AGUGCCUUGUUGCCCAGUCGUGAGAGGCCCAAAAUGGAUAAAGAAACAGGGAUGAAUAUUGCGACCAAGGAACCAUCUGGAGAGAUAAAGGCCCCCAAGGUUUUCAACCUUGCCGUCAAGCAAAAGGCGCUCAAGGAUGUGGAAGCACCCCUCAAUUUCUUCUACAACAGCAACAUGGUCCUCAAGGUACACAAGUGGGAGGCCCGAAGGGCCCGGGACGCCGGGUGCGAAACCAUAGCCAGCCGCCUGCUAAAGUCGGUCGGAGGUUCGAUUGGCUGCAGAAGGAAAGAGACCAACAAGGUCGUGAUUGUGAUUGGUCUUGGGCAGUUUUCCAGCAACGCAAGGCUUUCCUCGCUGCAUGAGUCGUUCAUGUCGUACUUCGUCCAAAAAGUAAGGUCGCUGGGCUAUAUUGUGGUCGGUGUAAACGAGUAUUAUAUACUUCCCGUAUGCGAGCAAUCCGUCGCACAGGUUGAAAUACGCCGACUCUAUUACUCUCAUUGCAAGACAUCCGUCCACCGGGAUGUGAUGACCGGCCACAAUAUCGGCAACGCUGUCCGUGGCCAUCUGGUCCAUCAACAGCAACCACUUUACCUCCAGCCAGUGGAUUAGAACGGCGAUUAUCCCUGGAUGCAAACAACGAGCGCCACCACUAAUACAAUAUCCAUUAGCACAAGCAGCAGAAGCAGCACCGGCAGCCAAAGUCUUUCGAUCAACGCCACGCCGAGCCAAGGUCAACCUCUUGGCCGCAAGAGAGCCAGCUCAACGCAGAAGGAACGGAAGGGGCGCGGAUAAAUGCGCGCGCAGUUGUAGAUAUGUCCAUAGUUGCUCAAACGUUGUUGCCUUCUCGGUGACAUCAUUAGGGCCCAGUUUAAAU